AUGUAUAAUGCAGGUAACUUCGAGCCUAAUGUUGUUCUUAAGCUUAAUUAUCCGAAAUGGUCUAGCAUUUAUGACAAUUUAAUUAGUGGGAGCUUAGAGAGUGUUGUUAGUGACAAGGAUGAUGGUGAGAAUUAUUUUGAUGCUAUUAUGGUGUUGACUUUUUCUGUGAAGCAUAGUUAUGGGUAUACAUUUGUUGGGGAAGAUAGGAUGAGUAGUUUUCCGAGUAGUGUUGAGAGUGGAGAGAGUAUAGGUUUGAGUAAUUUGAAUGAUUCGAACGGUGGUUUGUGUAGGUUGCUUGGUAACCGUCUCGAGAGAUUUGAAUUGGUGUAUGGGAGUGAGUGUGGUGGGGGUGUGAAUUGCAAUCCUCUUGGUGGGGAUGUUGGAUAUGUACCGAGCUCGUUGAGGAUUGCAAUCGAUGAACUUACUGAUUUCAGAACUUCAUGGGAUAUCAAGGCCACUCCUACUUUCUUCUUCCUCCGAGAUGGUCAACAAGUUGACAAGCUUGUCGGAGCCAACAAGGUAGAGUUGCAAAAGAAGAUAGUUGCCAUUGUAGAUUCAACCCCAUGUAAAAAAUGA